UCACCAUUCGAGAGAGAGAGAGAGAGAGACAAGAGAGACCAACGAAACGAACCAGACAGUUGGGGAUUUGAAAUUUGUCGGAAAAUGGAGAAUACUAUCGACCAAGAAUUUAGCAAUUACUGGGAACCUAACUCCUUCCUCCAAAACGAAGAGUUCGAAUACGACAGCUGGCCUUUGGAGGAAGCGAUUUCUGGGUCGUAUGAUUCGAGUUCGCCGGAUGGAGCUGCUUCGUCGCCGGCAUCUAAGAAUAUUGUGUCGGAGAGAAACAGAAGACAAAAACUUAACCAGAGACUCUUCGCUCUUCGAGCAGUUGUUCCCAAUAUAACUAAGAUGGAUAAAGCAUCAAUAAUCAAAGAUGCUAUUAGUUACAUACAAGGGUUACAAUAUGAAGAAGGGAAGCUCGAAGCUCAGAUCAGAGAACUGGAAUCUACACCAAAUAGUAGUUUGAGUUUCAGCAAAGAUUUUGAUCGUGAUUUACUUGUUCCUGUCACAUCCAAGAAGAUGAAGCAGCUUGAUUCUGGUUCUUCCAGUUCUCUCAUCGAAGUUCUCGAAUUGAAGGUAACAUUCAUGGGAGAGAGGACAAUGGUGGUGAGUAUAACAUGUAACAAGAGGACAGACACAAUGGUAAAACUGUGUGAAGUAUUUGAGUCAUUAAAUCUCAAAAUCCUCACUUCCAAUCUCACCUCUUUCUCUGAGAUGAUCUUCCACACUGUCUUUAUUGAGGCGGAUGAAGAAGAACAAGAGGUGUUGCGGUUAAAAAUAGAAACAGGAAUAGGAGCUUACAAUGAAACUCAAAGCCCUACUUUGAGCAUCGACUCUCUUUACUAAUACUUCUUCUUUUUUUUUUGUUGUUGUUGUUCGUCUUCUUCUUCUUCUUUUGGUUUUUUUUUUCUUUCUCUCUUUUA